AUCAAGUUAACCUCGAAUUUGAGCAAAUCUGCUUCAGCAACUAGAAAAUGAACAAGAUUUCUUCGAGCAAUUUUUUAUUGUGAGCAAAAAUGAAAAGUACAUGAAAAUACAUUGAAAAAUCAAAAGAGAAAAUAGAGAAAGGACAGUUUUGAUUUUGUAAGCAGUCAUACGAAAAAAAAGUUCAUGCAGCAGUUAAUAUACAUAGAAAUUCUGUUGUAUAUCAUGAAUGCUUCGAUUUAUGUCAUCUUUUACUAGAUUAUCACGCAUCGAGAAAUGGUUAUUAACUGCUAGAAAAAAUGACUAUAGUUAUGUUAGUAUUGUAGGAAAAACAAGCGAUAAGACACAUAAUUUGUUAUUCACAUUUUUGCGCAUCACUUUUUUGGGCGAUUCUGUAAUUUUGUUAAAUCUUUCAAUAAUUUUAUUCAAAAUCUUUUUUUCUGAAAUUUUACUGCUCAAAUUCGAGGUAUUCAAUAUCAAGUCAAUCUUUAAGGCUGUUUUUCGUUUGUGUAAUGAUAAGAUGAACAUCAUUUUGUCUUAUUUAUGGUAUUAGAAGCAGAAACAUUGGUGCCCACAUCGGAAAGCAAACCAAAUAUUAUAUAUAAAAAACGUUCGCGUAUCCAGUACACACAACAACAGUUGGAUAUUCUUGAAUGGACGUUUCAACGUUAUCAUUAUCCUGCUGUUGAUAUUGUCGAUAAUUUAGCCGAGGAGCUAAAAUUACCAACCCAAAAAAUAUCGGUAAGAUCUAAUUACAGUUGAGUAAAUAUUGGGUUAAAAUUCAACUAUUCUUAUAGGUUUGGUUUCAAAAUCGUAGAUCGAAAAUGAAAAAGGAAUUAAAACAGUCAAACGUCUCCAGUGGGCAAUACAAAGAAUUAGUAUGUUUUAUUCACUCGUUUUAUUCAAUCU